AGCAGCUUUACCGAAUUCAUCCGAAUAGGACAACAGCAGAGUCAUGCACUGUAUCGCCAUCCCUGCAUUGACAAAUAAUUUUAAACCAUAAAAACAACAUGAAAAUGAAUACGGAUCGUUUCAGCCUCACAGUUGACGAGUAUUUAGCUGAAACGAAUGUCCUCUUCUAUCUCAAUGAUGCAGUCACGCAGCUUCUUGAACAUAAGGAAGAAUACACUCAAUUUGGUGUGGUCCGAUAUUUUGCAGAAUAUUUUACCUGUGUGAAGAAUGGGAAUCAUGUACUCUUCAGGGAAUUUAGUUACAUCAAGUCAACACCACAUAACAGAGUGUCCUUCAUUCAUAUCCUCUGGAAAUGCUUCAGACAGAUUGGAAAAAAUGGAGAUCUAUUGGCUAUGUCAGAAUAUAGUUCACUCCUACAGCUUCUAUGUCCAGACUUUCCUAUUGAGAUGGUACAAAACACAGCCAGGAUUGUCCUGAUGGAUGAUGCUAUGGAUUGUCUAAUGUCAUUCUCAGAUUUCAUCUAUUCAUUCCAAAUCCAGUUCUAUUAUGAAGAGUUUGUGGAGAGUGUGUCUGUGAUUUAUCAAGACCUGCUUUCGGGAAAAAACCCAAACACUGUCAUCGUCCCGACCUCCACCUCAGUGGAGCAGUUAUCCAGCACAGUCAAUGAGGAGCCAGACGCUCAAGAGGGCGUAGACUCCUCUGUCUUUUGUGAGUGCAUAGAGGGGCUCUGUGAGAGGUUCAAACACAAAUAUCCCUCCAUUGUUGCUAUGAAGGAAAUACUAGAGAGCAGUCAGCGUGUCUCAUUAUAUGGCUGCCUGAUGGCCUUGGCCAAACAUGAAGGAGUAAAUCAAGACAUCGGUGCUCUUCCCAAUAAAUCGGACCUGCUGAUUGAUUCAGAAAUGGACCAGGAGCUGGAGAGACUCAUAGCUCAAGUCACCAUCAGCCCGACUUCCAACAGCAGCAGCAGUGUUGCGGGACAGAAGGAGAUGUCCAAAAAAGCCUCACCGCGCAAGUCCCUGCACCAACGCAAGAGGAUCGAAAUGGAGAGUGACGGUUCCACGGAGGAGACCGAUUCCUCUGAGAAUUAACACCAACAGACUGUGAUGUUUGCUAACAUGUUGCUAACGUGUUUAUGUUUCUUAUAAGCCUGGAACAUGCGGUCAUUUUUUUAAUAUAUGUUCUUGUGGUGACUUUUGCUCUAUAUAUGAAGAUAGAUGAAACAAUAUCACAUACAGUACAUAAACUUUAAGCCUGAGAGUGCAAUAGACAUCUAAAUGCUCUGUAAUGGCAAGAGAUAAAGCAAUAGUUUCCCCAAAAUGUUCUCAUCAUUUACACAUGCCAUCCCAGAUGUGCAUGACUUUAUUUCUUCUGCAGCACACAAAGAUUUUUAGAAGAAUAUUUUCAGCUUUGAAAGUCCAUACAAUGCAAGCAAACGGUGAUCACAACUUUGAAGCUCCAAAAAAGCACAUAAAGGCAGCAUAAAUGUAAUCCACAAGACUCCCGUGGUUUAAUCCAUGUCUUCUGAAGUGAUCCAGUUGGUUUUGGCAAGAACAGGCCUAAAUAUAACUCCCUUUCACUAUUAAUCAUGACAUGAGCAGUCUCCUUGGUGAUCAUGAUUUCAAGCUUGAUUACACUUCCUAGCACCAUCUAGAGCUCUACACAUCCCUCAAGAACUAGGAAGUGUAAUCAAGCUUGAAAUUAUGAUGGUUCCUAGAAAGUGCAAUGGCAAGCUGUACAUUUUUGGGUGAACUAUUCCUUUAAAGAACUUUAAAUGAAAAUUGGUAUACAUGUGUUGUUUUAAACAUACAAUAAUUCAAACAACCAAGCAGUUCUUACUAAGGCAAGCAUAUUGCUGAUAAAUAAAAAAAAUAAAAAACCUAAUGCUCAAUAAACGUAAAACUUGCGUGUAAACACCUUAGCAAUCGCACAGCAACCACUUCUUGUUUCUUAAGUCUUUUUUUUUUUUUUUUUUUACAUACCAGGACAAUACAUUUACAAAUAGGAUUUCAUUUAAUGGGUUCCACAGAACAGUUAUAAUCAUGAAAAAAAAAUUACAGUGAUAACAACUGAAAUAGAAAUAGGCACAACUUGUGAUUUUACAGGGUAAAUAUUUGUAUCAGAAAUAAAUAAGAAAACACAAAUGUUUCAUUUUCAGGCAGCCAUUUUCUUCAGCACCAUGUAUAUAGACCACAUUCUGUCAUUUUAACAGUAGAUUUUCACCUUCAUUGUUAUGAAUCACCUUCUUAUAUGCUUUAGGUGCCAAAAAUAAUAUAUUUUGAGAUUCUUCCCAUUUCGUUAUAAUAAUAAAUAAGAGAUCUGAUAUAAUAUGUAAAAAGAAAAUACAGUUAUUUGGUUUUCACAGCUACAUAAUUCAGGGAUACAGAGAUUGAAGAUUGGAACAGGUCCAGACAACACUCUGUUUAACAGAGCAACAUUUCGGAAUAUAAGCACAUUAAACAUUGAAUAUAAGAACUAAAAUGCAUUCACAGAAGUAAGCAUGGAUGCCAUAAUGUAUUUGUGAUUCCUGAUCAGGCUUUAUAGUGCGCAUGUGAUCAAAGAUAAACUGUAGCAAUUGCCUUAUUUCACUUACAACAGUUUGGGGAUUUUAACAAAUUGUUAACCCAGGGUCAUUUUUAACCCUGGGUUAUUUUGUUCCAUGCUUCACUCUGUUAUACUUUACCGUGGUUUAUUAAUUCACAUUGUACAGCUUUGUCAUUGCAAUACAGGGCAGAAAGCAGUGCUAAACACAUUUUGAAAUUGUGUGAAUCAUUGGACAGGGUCAGGGUUAAUGCAGGGUUAAGUUUAGGGUACCAGGAGGGUCAGACAGAUUAUGUGCUUGAAUUCAAUUUCAUGGUCCACCUCAAUUCUGAAUUAAAGAAGGAACUACCCCAGAGAGUAUGUCCACUUUGCUUUAGUUUCAGAUAAACUUUGAAAUACAGGUCUUAAUUUUGGAUCCAGAUUUGCUGAAAAAUCUCCUUUCUAUCUGGGGUGUUGUUUUCCGUUAAUAAAUGAGUUGGACAUUGUGCUUAGCAUCAAUUCAAACCAAAACUUGCACUGAGUAACAAUAAAUCAAAAGAUGACUUUUACAUGUCACAUCAAACUUUUUUUUGUUUUGUUUUUUUGUUAUUAGACUUUGUAAGGCUUUACAUCAGUCAGUAAUACUUGAGUGAUAAGAGGUGAAAGUAGUGCAUUGUAGCCAAUAUCUGUUAAACACAUUUUUUUGUAUUAUUUUAACAUUUGUCUAAAAUAGACUUCAACAUUAUAUUAUCAACAUGACACGUUACAAAGAGGCUUAAAACCACCAUCAUGCGACACCUCAUAUAUUAUGUGGU